AUGUCUGUUGCAAAUCCUUUCAGAAAGUUGAUUAAAUGCGUUAUUCUUGAUUUGGAUGGCACGUUGCUCAACACAGAUGGCAUUGUUUGCAACGUUUUAAAGGUUUCGUUGGGAAAAUAUGGUAAAGAAUGGGAUGGAAGAGAAACCCUUAAAAUUGUCGGGAAAACACCUUUAGAAGCUGCUUCUGCUGUUGUUGAAGAUUAUGGACUUCCUUGCUCGCCAAUUCAGUUUAUUUCCGAGAUUUCACCGCUAUUUUCCAAUCAGUGGUGCAACAUUAAAGCACUUCCUGGUGCCAAUCGGUUGAUUAAACAUUUGAAGAGCAAUGGAGUUCCAAUGGUCUUAGCAUCAAACUCUCCAAGGGAGAGCGUUGAUGCUAAAAUAUCCUUUCACAACGGAUGGAAAGAUUCUUUCUCCGUCAUAAUUGGGGGAGACGAAGUUCGAACAGGGAAGCCUUCCCCUGACAUAUUCUUUGAAGCUGCUAGGAGGUUACACAUGGAGCCUUCCAGCUGUCUUGUGAUUGAAGACUCUUUACCUGGUGUUACUGCAGGUAAGACUGCUGAAAUGGAGGUGGUUGCUGUACCAUCACUCCCGAAACAGUCUCAUCUCUUUACUGCAGCAGAUGAGGUGAUCAAUUCCCUACUUGAUUUGCAACUUGAAAAGUGGGGUCUACCACCAUUUGCCGACUGGGUGGAGGGAACUUUGCCGGUAGAUCCUUGGUAUAUUGGUGGUCCUGUCAUCAAGGGAUUUGGUCGUGGGUCAAAAGUACUCGGGAUUCCUACAGCUAAUUUGUCAACAAAGGACUAUUCAGAUCUCCUUUCAGAGCAUCCUGCAGGAGUUUAUUUUGGUUGGGCUGGAUUACCAACAAGAGGUAUUUUUAAAAUGGUGAUGAGCAUUGGUUGGAAUCCAUAUUUUAGCAACAAAGAAAAAACUAUAGAACCAUGGUUGCUUCAUGAAUUCACCGAGGAUUUCUACGGGGAAGAACUGCGGCUGGUUAUAGUCGGUUACAUACGUCCUGAGGGAAAUUUUCCAUCCCUUGAAAGCUUGAUUGCUAAGAUUCACGAAGAUCGCAGAGUUGCUGAGAGAGCUCUUGAUCUUCCCAUGUAUUCGAGUCAUAAGAAUGAUUCAUAUUUGAUAAGCUCAUAG